AUGGACUUUCUAGCAAGUUAUGAAAGGGAGUGUAAUAGUGCCAAGUCUCAAGAUGACGAUGCAGAGGAACACGAACUCUAUGGGUCGGAAGUGGGUGAGGAAGACGGAUCAAUUGUCAAAUCACCUCCUAUUGCGUUACCAAGCCCGAAUGAUCAAAUACUAUCGAGGCUACCUACAUCGAUAGAGCUGCAGAAGCCUUCUACUGUCCCAAAGGACAAGAAGCCUUAUAUUGCCUUAAAAACAAGAAGCCCGUUGUGA